UAUGGCGUUUUCAUGAUCUUACUAUUGAUUGCUGAAAUCGUUGCUGGUGGCUUGGCGGCAUUUUACAAAGAAACGGCACGCAAUGAAAGCAAGGGUUUCCUACAAUCAACCAUUACCAAAUACUACACAACAGCUGAACACACUGAUGCUGUUACUCUUAUGUGGAAUCAAAUGAUGAGCACUUUUGGCUGUUGUGGCGUUGUGGAUUAUCGUGAUUUUGAAACCUCUUCGGGUUGGUUGAAUGGCAAAGGUAAUCACACCAUUCCCGAGGCCUGUUGCAGAUUAAAGGAUAUUAAAAAUUUACUACCCGAAGAUGACAGUUGUGUGACAAAUCCCAAUGAAACAAAUAGUUUUUAUUUAAAGGGCUGCUAUGAUGUAUUUACCGAAUGGAUUAUAUCCCAUCGUGAAAUAAUAAUUGCUGUUUUAUUCGGCGUGGGUGUGGUACAUCUAUUGGCCAUUUUCUUGGCCUUUUGCCUUUGCAAAUCCUUUGCCAAAUAUCAUGGCAUGAGACUGUAAACAUAAAUCUUCCCUAAUAAAUCAUCUUUUUUUAAUUGUUUAUUAUUUACUUAGUAG